UCCACCCUGGAGAUCUCAGAGGGAGAAUGAGUCUCAGGCAUAAGGUUUCGAUUGGCCUAAUCGGCGCUCCCGUUUCCAAAGGGAAGGACCGUGAAGGGGUGGCAGAAGGUCCUGCAGUGUUACGAGAAACUGGAUUACUCGACAAAUUAAGAGCACAAGGAUGUAGUGUUAAAGAUUAUGGAAAUCGGCACUUUGAUGUCUUUCCCAACAAUAACUCAUUUAAUAAAACGAAGAAUCCAAGAUGAGUUGGGAAAGCAAACACGAUUUUAGCCGAUGUUGUUGAAGAUAUAAAGAGAAAUGGGAAAAUCUCACUAGUUCUUGGGGGAGACCACAGCCUGGCAAUUGGGACCACCUUUGGGCAUGCUGCACUUCAUCCUGAUCUCUGCUUAAUUUGGUUAGAUGCCCACACUGACAUCAACACCCCAUUAACAUCUCUAAGUGGCAAUCUCCAUGGGCAACCUCUGGCUUUCCUCAUAAAGGAACUUAAGGAUAAGAUGCCUGAUGUCCCUGGAUUCUCUUGGAUGAAGCCAUGCUUGUCAGCCAAAAAUGUUGUAUAUAUUGGAAUAAGAGAUGUGGAUCCUGAAGAACUUAACCUUGUGAACUCUCUUGGAAUCAAAUGCUAUUUCAUGUCUGAAGUAGAUAAACUUGGAAUUGGGAAAGUGAUGGAAGAAAUGCUUGCAUAUUUAUGGGCCAGGAAGAAGAGACCGAUUCACUUCAGUUUUGAUAUUGAUGGCUUGGACCCUGCACUGGCGCCAGCUAUGGGCACCCCAGUGCCAGGAGGAAUGACUUUGAGAGAGGGCCUCUACGUCGCUGAGGAGCUUUAUAAAAUGGGGUUGCUAUCAGCUGUGGAUAUAAUGGAAAUCAACCCAGCUUGUGCCAAGGCACCAGAGGAAGUGAACACCACAACCAGCUCAGCCGUAGCGGUGCUCUUGUCAUGCUUCGGAGAGUCACGCGGAAGGAUCUACAGUCCUACUGCUGUGUCCCCUGAUACAGGGGACUAA